AGGAUGGGUGAGCUCGAGCCCUGGAUCGAUGAGAACUUCGUCAGAAGCGUCUGGUUCGGCAUGGGCUACCAGGUCAACGUCAAGAUGAUCCGCGACAAAUUCUCCGGAAGUAAUGCUGGAUACUGCUUCGUCGAUUUUGAAUCUCCUGACGCUGCCACCAAGGCUCUUCAGCUCAACGGCACUCUCAUCCCCAACUCAAACCGUCCCUUCAAGCUCAACUGGGCUUCGGGUGGUGGUCUUGCUGACCGCAGCCGUGAUGACCGUGGCCCCGAGUACUCCAUCUUUGUUGGCGAUCUCGGCCCUGAGGUCAACGAGUACGUUCUCGUCAGCAUUUUCCAGAACCGCUUCCCCAGCUGCAAGUCGGCCAAGAUAAUGUCAGACCCGAUCAGCGGCCUUUCUCGCGGCUACGGUUUCGUCCGCUUCUCCGAUGAGGCAGACCAACAGCGUGCCCUUACCGAGAUGCAGGGCGUUUACUGCGGCAACAGACCCAUGCGCAUCAGCACUGCUACUCCCAAGAACAAGAACCAGCACGCCGGUCCUGGAGGCAUGGGAGGUAUGCCCGGUGGUCCCGUUGGCAUGUACGGCAUGGGUGCCCCUCCUCUUGGUUUCUACGGUGCUCCUCAGCCAAUGAACCAGUUCACCGACCCUAACAACACCACCGUCUUCGUCGGCGGUCUUAGUGGCUACGUCACCGAGGAUGAGCUCCGCUCCUUCUUCCAGGGCUUCGGUGAAAUCACAUACGUCAAGAUCCCUCCCGGCAAGGGCUGCGGUUUCGUCCAGUUCGUUCAGCGCCACGCUGCCGAGAUGGCCAUCAACCAGAUGCAGGGCUACCCCAUCGGUAACUCGCGUGUCCGUCUCAGCUGGGGUCGCAGCCAGAACAACUCUGGCCCUGCCGGCACUCCUUACCGCCCCGCUCCCCCACCACCGGUUUACCCUUCGAUGGGCAUGCCUCCUCAACACCCUUACGGUGGCUUCGCCCCUAUGAAAGUGAGUGGACAACAGCAGCAGCAACAGCAGUUCUGGUCCCCAGAUGCCUCUAACCAUCAACAGUAA